GUCUGAGGGUACCGAUUCGGGAAUCAACCGCGGACCCCUAAGCCGGGAUAGGCUUAGCGGCACGCAGAAUGAUGUACUCACCGGACAAGAUGAUGGGGAGCAAGGGACUCCACGGGGCACCGAUCACCGCCCCGGGAUGCUUUCCCUCAGGGAGAUACUCGCCGCCGCCUUAUCGUGCCGCGCCGGAUCCGAUGCCGCCGCCGCCGAGGCGAUGCAUGCCGAAUUCUACGAGUCGUAUAUUCGAAGACGCAUCCAUUGUGUGCAAUUCUUGGUCACCAAGGCAUAAUGGUGAUUUAUUCGGUGGCUUGAAUAGUGGUCUGCAAGAUGGCUUACUUUCAAGAGCGGAGGCUUUGGCGGCAGAUUUGGGAAAGCACAACGCUGGGACACCAAUGCCGCUGAAGCACGAUCCCGUAUCUGUGUAUCAUCACGGAGCACAUAUGCCUACCCCCCACCCGAAUAACCGGCCACAUCAUCAGGUACAAUCACACCUCCUUAUGAGCCAUCCAGGAAUGGAGAGUCUCGACAUGCUGGAUCCAGCAAAUUCGAUGACAACACUGACACCAAUGUCCGAAAGCACGGGCGGUGGACCGGGGCAUCACGCGGGCAUCCACGGUCCGUCCGUAUACGGCGGCAUGAACGGUAUGAUGAGUCAUCAUCUGGCGGGCCUACAUCCUGACGCAGAUACCGAUCCGCGCGAGUUGGAGGCCUUCGCCGAGCGAUUCAAACAACGGCGCAUCAAACUCGGCGUUACGCAAGCCGAUGUCGGCAAAGCGCUAGCCAAUCUCAAGCUACCGGGUGUUGGCGCUCUCUCGCAGUCGACGAUCUGUCGCUUCGAAUCGCUCACGCUCUCGCACAACAACAUGAUCGCCCUGAAGCCGAUCCUCCAGGCGUGGCUGGAGGAGGCGGAGGCCCAGGCGAAGAAUAAGCGACGCGACCCGGACGCACCUUCGGUAUUACCGGCCGGCGAAAAGAAACGGAAACGUACAAGCAUCGCCGCGCCAGAGAAACGCUCGUUAGAGGCGUAUUUCGCGGUGCAGCCGCGGCCGUCCGGUGAGAAGAUCGCGGCGAUCGCGGAAAAGCUCGACUUGAAGAAGAACGUCGUACGAGUAUGGUUCUGCAAUCAGCGGCAGAAGCAGAAGCGCAUGAAGUUCGCGGCUCAACAUUGA